AUGUCGCAGCGUUCCGACUUCGUGGUGGUUAUCUGCCAUGGAUCCUUCCACACGCCAGCCCCGUAUGUCCCGCUGAUGGAAGCGCUGCAGGCCCGCGGAAUAGCGGCCUACUGUCCGCAGCUGCCCACGUCCGACCUGGCGCGGCUCAACGUCGGCGACGUCAACAAUCCGGACUUCAACAGAGAGCUGCCGGCGGGAGGCUAUCCCCAGGGAGAGGAGGCUGCCGAGACCGUGCUCGCCGUCCUGAAGCCGCUGGUCGAGGCGGGGAAGGAGCGCUCCUCGGUCACGACGAGGCCGCCGUACAUGACUGAGCACAAACACGGCCUCCUCACCCUCGUCGACGAGGAGAGAUACCUCUUCAACUGCCUCGACGUGGCCGAUGCCAAGAAGUGGGCGGCCACCCUCACGGCGUCUCCCGACUUGACGACGAAGCUCAAGAACGACGCCUACGCGGCGCUUCCAUGCGGCUACCUGGUCUUGGACCAGGACCGGAUGAUACCGCGCGAGCUUCAAGAGCACAUGAUUCGUCUUCAGGCUUCGAAGACGGGCGACUUUACCGUCUACCACUGCCCAGCCGACCACUCGCCGCAGCUCAGCUGGAUUCAAGGCGUGGUUGAUACCGCGGUGGACUUUGUGGGGAAGAUCAAGACCGGGCAGAUUCAAAAGUGA